GAAGUCGUUAUCCUUUUUGUACAGAAAAUUUACCAAGUUCGUUACCUGAAAAGAUUCGAAGUUUACUACACAAAAUUUCAAAUCAAAAUGGUAAACCUACAAGUGAAGAUCGUGAAACAUUUUGUGAAAUUCAUUAUAUGGAAACUACCAUUGUUCCUGAUGAAAUUCGCAAGG